UGAUUGAUAAUGCAAAUCCGCACCUUUUUUCUCUAUCAAAUUAAGCAAAUCAUGUACAACUGAAACCGCAAGCUUUUGUUAUGGAAACCGCACGCUUUUGUAACGUAAACCGCACGCUUUGGUAACGGCAUAACACGUUUGCGGUAAUUAAACUUUUAUAAGCGUUAAUUCGUGAUCCAUCGAUCAGUGAACAUGUUUUAUCCCAACGGUCAUGAUCACUGUCCGGUUUUUACAGAUCUCCAAACGAUCCAUAACGAUAUCCGAACUAUUCAUAAUUCGCUAGAGUCACACACACGAAACGAGAAUCGACGGAGACGAACACGCGAUCGACUUGCGUAUCAGCUAGAGGAGCUGCAAGAUGUUGUCCAAGAGGCGCUCACCUCUCGAGAGAACACAGGCCCAGAUCCUGAUGAUCUUUCUUUGCGGGAAAAGAUUGAACAUUUCCUGGACUGGAGGAACGAACUGCAAGUAAUGCAUAGUUCAAUUGGAAGAUCUUUAGCAAUAGCACGUCGCAUGCGAGGUAAUCGCCGCGAAGACAUCGACGAUCUAAAAGAGAUCCACGAUGACAUCACCGACUACCUUCAUGACACAGACUACCUGCACGACAAAGCCCGCGAAAAACUACACGACUUGACGCGACCGCCACAACCUCGACCCUAUGUAUCCUAUCAGAGCAGUGGACGCGACAGUGGGUACCAGACUCCUCGGGUAAGCUCCACAACGCGCAUUCACGACUUGAGGAGCAUCGUCAAUGACGCAGAGAGGAUUAAAUCUGGCAGUAUGGAAAGUUCGUUAAGAAUGGAGAAUGAAGUGGAAAGACUCAAGUCCAAGAGUAUCGACAUGGCAAAAGAUCUUGUGGCCUUGCACAAAGUCAUUGAACGACAGAAAAAGGAGCUUGUUGAGUUGACAAGAAUGAAGAGAAGUAAUGAAAUGGCAGAGAGGGAAAUGGAAGACUUUCGCUACUAAUAUUAACUAAUUAUUAUAAGAAUUACAUCAAUAAAAACCCAYUAACCUUAGUUAAAGUAUAAUAAAAUUCAAUAAAUAACUAAUAAUUGCUUGAUCAAAUUAUAGGGCAUUUUUAAUUGUAGACAAUGUAAUAUAUCAAAAUCUAAUUAAAACAUU